AUCCAGGAGUUGCACACGAAGUACGGCAGUCUUAAAAACAAAUCAAAGAUGAAUGAACUCUAGCUUUACUACAGACAGAAUAUCACUUAUUAUCGAUUAUUUAAGAUUUUCCAAAGACUUCAAUUUUAACAAGACUGUUAGUGAUGUGGUCACCGGAAACGUGACCAUACGUCACGCGCUAUCAUGAUACGUGCGAGGUAUUCCAUAAACCUAUCGUCGCGUCUCAAAUAGUCUCGCUCACAGCAAGGCGGCGCUUACUAUAGGAUGGCGUGAGCGAUCAGUUGCCCCCCCCCCCCCUUCCCUAGAAAGCCGUAAAUUUAAAAAUACAGAUACAAGCUAAUUUAAAUUACUAAGAUGCUAACAAUUCCUGAAGACCCACAUUGGUAACUGAAAAGAACGCCGAAACUGAUAAUACGGUCAGCAUAAUAAAGAUAAGUGUAAUAAAAGUAUUUUUAAUAUUAUCCCCCUUCGUCUUCGGCCUACAACCCCCAUCUCCCAGAUCGUUGGCGACGAAUCUCAUGGCCUUUUAGUAUUAAUAUGCUCUAAACAUUUUGAUAUCCGAUUUCUUUCAUCCAUAAUGUAGUUUUCACGCCAGUGGAAUUCUACGAUGAUAUAAACAUUGUCUCACAAUAAGUCGUUAAAAGGCACAUUUUUAGAGUCAUAUGUCCUGUCAGAUCUUGUUACAAGAAUUCUGGGUAACGAGUGUCGUCUAGCCGUUAGCGAUAAGAUUGCACUUUGCAACAUGAAUAACAAGACCUUUGCCUUACGAAAGCUUAUUGAAAACAAUCAGUACGACAUUAGUCGCGUUAAAGUAUGGUCGCUUAUUUUAUUCCUUUAAUGACAUUAAUUAAUCGUAAGAAUUUGUAUUAAGUAAACUACAUCAGAAAUUGCGUGAUUUAUACAGGCUUUCAAUAUGAACGAUAAAUCUCUUCUUAAAGGUACCGUUGCUAUUAUGGAGCGAUUUAAUUUUAAUAAACCAGUGCAUGUCGAGAUCAUUUACGAAGAUGAUGAUGAGGGUGAUACAACAGAAGAGAUAGAUGUUGUUAAUUUAAGUGACCAUGAACAAACACUAAACUCUUCGUCAAUGGAAGAUUCUCACGAAACUGAAGCUUCAAAUACAUUUAGAAUUCCCUUAAACAAUAACGAAGAUGACAUAUUACAAAUAGUGUCCCAAAAUAUGUCGUCGAUUGUUGACGCUUACCUCAAUUACUCUUAUCAGUAUCACAAAGUCAACAGUCAGGAGGCAAACCAUUUGAAAUCAAUUUAUUUAAAAACAAAGAUUUUCUUAUUUCAACAAUCAUUUCCAAUGUCUCUUCUUCUGUUGCGGCCGGAACAUCGAAAUGAACAGUUUGUUCAAAAUUUCUUGAAGCAAGUAAUUAAUAAAACAAGAGUUAAACCAAAUAAUAUUACGAGUGACAUACUAAGAUUGAUUUAUAAUGAUUUAAUUCAAUGGACUGAGAUAAAAAUGGGAAGAAAAACGUUUGUACCUCAAGAGAGAUACAAAUCACAUGAACGUUUACUUUUUGAAUCUCCUCAUGAUUUAAAUAACAAUAGUCAAUCAUAUAAUGAACAGAGGUUAAAGGACAACGAUGAUUCAGAAUUAAGUACACACAAUGAAGAAACAUUAAAUCCCGGUAUUUCAUUUAGUUUUAAUAGUAUAAGAAAUUUAAUAUCUCAAACUGAUGUACACAAUCCAAGUCGGAGUACAAAUGCUAAUUCUCAAAUUAAUCAUGCAAGUUCAAAUAAUAAUCUACAUAAUGGACCUGUUGUAAUAGAAAAUAAUAAUUCAUCAUCUGCGCUUACCCAAUUGAUAGAUUUAACAAACAAUAACCAAGAAAAUAUACAAAUUAAUCACAAUAAUAUACAAAACAUUAACAAUAACAAGAUUGCAGGUAAAACAAAAUCUGACAUUUACUUGCAAAAAUCUCAAAAUUCAGUUCCAAAAGACUCACAAAGUGUUGAAAAUCUAUCACCAGAAGAAACGCUUUCAUCGACACAUUUUUUUGCUCUUAUUUCACACGAAGUUCUAAAUUCCGAAGUUUCGGAAAUGCCACACCGAUUAUGCCACGUUUGCGGCAAAGAAACAAAACUGAUCUGCGUAGCAUGCUACAAAACCUACUAUUGCAGUGGUAAUUGCCAGAGUGCUGAUUGGGAGUCGCAUAAAUCGACAUGUUUUUAAACAAGCAAAUAAAUAAAGGAUUAUGACAUUGUUGUUUGUGAUAAAUUG